AUGACAUCAAAAUGGCCACUUCCGCUUGGCGCGCUCCCUCGCGCAAGCCCAAUCGCUCAUUUCCACGCUGUCUGUCGUCAACUGCGGUCUUUCCGCGCUGGAAAACAGUGGAAAAUCCUGCCCGGUUUUCCUUGCCGAAUCCCGAAGAAUCGAUACGCAGCCGAAAUGGGGUCGACGGUUCGAGUGUUUUUGCUGGUCCUCAUCGGUUUGAUCUGCAUCAAAAACGGUAGUGCGAUUUCGUGUUAUGAAUGCAACAGCGCUAAUGACAAGCGAUGCCUCGGUGAUGCGAAGAACAUACUUACAGAAGACUUAAGGAAACAUUGUCCGGAGAGGAAGGGAAAGCCUUAUUCGCUGUGCAGAAAAAUCAAGCAGGUUAUCGAUUUCGAAGUAAAUGGAUUACAACCCGAAAGCAGAGUAAUCAGGAGCUGUGGAUGGGAGGACACCACUUACGCCAAUCGAUGCUACCAAAGAUCUGGCUUUGGAGGUCGACAAGAAGUCUGUGCCUGUCAAAAUGACAACUGCAACGGUAGUCCAACCAUUCUGGCGUCCGUAUCCUUCAUUCUGGGCGCCAUCUUCCUCAAGAUCUAUAUAUAAGGAUCGCCGCUCAAGUGAUUAAUUUGUUAGUUUCUAGCGCCAACAUAUCAUUUCGAAGUACCUGUAUGAAUAAUUAGCAUUUGAUGAAGUAUUGGGGCGCAUUGCGAAGAGUCUGACCAAUCGAAACAGAUGGCCUAUUAUAACCUCCAAAGCACACACCUUCUUCGGAAGAAUAUCAGGAAAUCUUGCAGAAACGUUCGAAUGGGCAAAAAUUUAGUAUUUUUAUGGGCAUUCAGAAUAUAAUAGUAGAGAAUUUUAAAAAGCAUCGUUAACCUGAAAAUUCCACAUUAACUGGUAUUUUUUUAAUGGAACCCCGAAAAUACUAUAACAAGGUCGAUGAAGUCAUUGGCGAGGUCGAUAACAUUAGCUUUUCAAUCGAGUUUUCAAUAAAACCUCUAUAGAUACAACAUAACAAAAAAUCGAACUACCCGAACUUUUGCAUCUAUGGAUUACGGUUUAAUCUUGCUUCAUAAAGCGUCAGUUAUAAUUAUUCAGGCAGUAUCACUUGUGAUUUACCCACAACGAAGGCCCCAAAUGAGAAUGAAGAAUCGAGAUUGAACGAUAACAUGAAAUUUUAUGAUAUUCAUGGUGUGUUGUGCAAUCAUUGCACAAUCAUCUCUAACGAUUAUAAUUUGUUUGAUCAAUAAUCUGCUCAAGACACAGUUCCUUAUUCUCUAAUAAUCGAACCGUCAAGUCAGAAAACUUGGUUUUCCAAUUUAGCCCAUACUGUUUCGAAUGGGUUCAGUAUUCGGGCGUAUGAACCCAAACACAUAAGUCUCUAGAAGAGGACAUAGGGUUGUUGUCAGUUCCUGAAUUAUAUAUAGUAAUUUAGCACUUCAUGAAGUUUCUGAACCAAUGUAUAAGGUACAGUGUAUUAUUAACCUCAACCUCAUCAAUAUAAUAUGAUCUAUUUCAACCAUCCUGAAGCAAUUUAUCCCGAAUUUAAUACUUCAUGGGGUAUCUGAACGCAAGGCAAUUGAGUAAUACUCUUACACAAAUAUAUCUGCUCAAAAUCCACUAUUACAAUUAGUCAUGUGAUGAAUGACUCAAGAUAUCGUUUCUUAGUUCCAUAUACUAUGAAAAUGAGGUACCUACUUCUUUGGAAUUCAAGUAUGAUAUAUCAUUAUUAUAAUUUUCAUUGAUUAUAGUUGAUAUGUCAUCUUAGAAGUCAUCAUCAUGAGGAAAUAUUCUACAGACUUACUAGAAAUUUGACACAUUCUCUUAGAGAUGUGAUAAGGGAGGGGGUAAGUUUUUCUCCAGAAUGUAGAAUUAAAGGGUUAGAAAAUUUGUUUACCGAGAAUCUGUUGUACAUUUUAUAGACCUUUCAACUAUAAUAGGAACAUGUGAUAAUCAAAAUGAUCUUAUGUUUGGAAUGAAGAAGUAAUAGAAAUUAUUUAGAUCAUAGAUAAAUUGUAAAUACAAAUUCGUAUUUCUUUGGUUAAUCGUGGAUUUUAAUAGUUUCUAGCGGUUUUAUUUUUUGAAAGAGUCACAUUUUUCAAGAGCUUGUUCAAACUUCCUGAAGGCAAUAGCUAUUCUAACUGGGUUCAAAUGAUACUGGAAGUGCUUGAUACACGGGUUUGUUAGUUUAAAUUGAUAGUGAGAAACACUUGAAAAAUACCUAACAGUAUUUAUUUCUGGAGAUUCAGAAACAGUUUGUUUUCUAUUUUCAUUUUUUUGCUCGAGGCAUCCAAAUAGUAUAUGAAUAAUUCUGAACUACUAGAAGCAAAACCAUUAUUGAUUAUUAUGUGUGUUGUCAUUAUGGAAGCGCUAGUUUAUAAAACCCCAGUAAAUAUACCACAUACACAGGAUAACUGAUGUUGCCCUGUCAAAAUGGAAUCCCCCCUUAACUCUUUCGUUUUCAGAGAUAUGAAAAAAUGUUGAAUGAAAAAGUUGUGUCAAACGACCCAAACUUUUAUUUCGUAAAGUUCUCUCAUAUACAGGGUCAUUCAUUUUUCCAGAAAGGACAUCAACUUUGAUUUUUUCCAAUGGAACACCCAAUAUAUUUCACAACAGGUCAAUGCAUAUUUGGAUAAAAAAUAGUAGAGUGAUUGAUGAUAGAAAAGCAUCAAAAUACCGCAUUAUUAACCUUCACUUCAUAUCAUCUAAUGUGAGUUGAAUAUAGUGGGCUUCAAAAUAACGUUUAUAAUUAUAUUGUUCAAGCUCCAUGGGAAUGUCAUGAUAUUGUUUUUUAUGGAAUUGAAAACGUUCAAUCUCAAUACAAAAAAUAUGAAUAGACAGUUUGAAUGAAAGAUUCGGUAUUUUCGUAAACUUUGAUAAUCAAUACCCCAAUUAUUUUUCAUCCAAAUAUGCAACUCAUAUCUAUAUUCUUGAAAUAACAAAAGAGGCUCUAUCGACAUGUCAGAAAAUAUUUAGGAAGUUCCAUUGAAGAAAUCAAAGUUAAUAUGCUUUCCACAAAAAACGAUUAACCCUGUAUAUAAAGCAACUCCACGAAAUAAAAGUUUGGGUCGUUUCGAACAACUUUUUGAUUCAACAUUUCUCCACAUCUCUGUACAUACGAAAUAAAUUGACAACUAGAAUAACAAGAUACGGAAAUACGAAGACGCUGCCAAGCGUGUACUCGUAUCAUAGGCUCACACUCUGAACAUGAUUUGUAAAAAGUAAAUACUACUGUACAUUUUCCAAUUACGUUUUGAAACUAUUCAUUAACAAACCCGUAUCAAAAGCACUUUGGUUUUAUUUGUACCCGAAUGGGGCUCAGAAAUUUUUCUGAAAAUUUUGAAGUGUUUAAAUCUACAAGUAACAAACAAAAAUACAUGUUUGUAUUUACAAUUUAUCGGGUAACUAACUUUAAACCCUCAAAGCUUACCUUCUGUAGGGAAACAGAAAAAUUCAAAUAUCUCAAAAACCAUUAACUCUUGCAAAAUGCAUAUCAGGGUUAAAUUCACUCCUCACCACCUCUCCUCUAUCACAUAUCCAAAGGAAUAUAUCAAAUUACCAGUAACCCUGUAUAUUAAAACCCUAACUUAUUAGUGUACUGAAACGAUCAUUCUCACGAAUAUGUAUUCUCGAAGUUUUUACCAUUGAGUAAAAGUUUGUUUUUUCAUACACAUUAGCUACGCCUGAUUCUAUUUUUUUUUCUUUCAUUGGGUGGGAUGUUUCACCAAGUGUCUUGAAUCUCAUGGAGUGCUUGAUUUACACACGAGGCAGCGAUAUUUAAACAUUUAGUGAACGAAAGUACCUCGAAAACUUUUCAUUUUUAACUCAUGAAGGCGUUUGGAGUUAGUGCUAGGGAACAGCUAUUUUAUAGGUAUCAUCAUUCCUCAUUAUUUGAAAUUUCAAAAUGGUACAACUGAACUCUAUUCCAAUUCUAUAUGAUUAUACUCAACCAAAUUGAAGCUCAAAAUAUUUAUUCCCAUCUGAACGGAUUUAGUGUUAAGUAUUUGAAUAUUGUUUGUAGAUAUUGAUUGAUUUGCUUGUUGGUGUUAUGGAUAGAUGUAAAUAUAACUGCCAAUUCUAGGAUUUUACGUAAUUAAUUGUUCACCGAAACUCAAGUUGAAGUAUGAAUUGUAAAAUUGAAUAAAAUCUAAAGUUUG